ACAGUGUGCAGAAUGGAGGAGGGUGCUGCAAAAGAAAUCACCGAUGAAGUCGAUGAUUUGAUACGAAUUAUCGAAGAUCUGAAGAUCAAGUCUGUCGUGCCGAGUUUGUUGGAGUCGUCCUUCUCCAAGCUGCUGGAGCUCAAAAGCCGCCUCAGACGGGAAGAGAUAUCAAGGGAAACGGCAAACAAGGAAGUUCUACAGGACUUGGCAAAGAUUGUUCUGGAUGUCACAUACUGCCGAGAGAACCGACUUGCUGACAACGAUUUUUCAGACAGUGAUUCUCUAGAACGAGUCCAUGCCAUAAUCCGUAGCCUGGAACAUGUCGAGAACAUCACAAAGCACUUGGGCUUCAGCACGGUAGUUGAAGGCCUCGGCGAGGAGCUUGCAGAGUGCAUAGAAUGGCGGAAGGGAGGACUAGUCUACAUGUUCUGCCAGAGCAAGGAGGGAGAUGACGACCACAGUUGGCUGAUGGCCAACCAGGAAACUUUUCUCGCUCUGCUGCAGCAAGGCGUGCAGCACCUCACGGCAAUGCUCAACGUUCGUCGCCCGUUGAGGGUCGAGGAAGUCGCAGUGCUGUCAGGGCAAACGGAUGUGCUGGAACUUCUGGAGAAAGGUAUCUACAGCGACGUGCAUGCGCUGUCGCUCAUGUACGCCGGCGAGAUGUGCUUCUGGCUGGUGACGUACUCGAAGAGGUGGGACCGGCCUCUCGACAUGGCACACGCGUUGCCGCUUGGCAGGCGGCUGCUACAGGACUACAUCAGCGCCGUUGAGGGCCCCUUGCAAGAUGCGGGCUGGAACUGCAGCCGCGCUCGGCAGCUUCUGACGCAACUGGACGAGGAGGCGCAGUGCUGAAGUGCAGCCAGUGUGCGUGGUAAGUCAAUGCAGAAUCAAGCCAAAGACAAAGCCCGGACGAGAAGCAAGAUUCACGGACGUUCUCGUCAGGUGGAGCAGCAACGUCAAGUUAAAACAUUUCUGCAUUGUUUCUGGACGUCUUGAGAGCAUCAGUACCGUCAUCAGCGGGACCACAGCGGAGGAUAUCUUCCAUUAGAGAGGAGCAUCAGCUGUUUCAGGCACCAGCUAGCAGGCCUGUCUGAGCAGUACUAUCUAGCCAGGUAGCUAGCACAGCUCCAUAGUCUUGUGUAAGCUAAGCGUCAGGAGGAAAUAGACUGCAAUAGUGUAACGAUGACCGCUAGGUCUUGCUGGCAGUUCAGUUAGAUACAUAUUCUCUGUAGUUUUUUCGCUUCACUCGUUGCUUUGCCGUUUGCACGUGUUUGAUAGAUUGAUUUUUAAUGGCUCAUUAGUCACGCUAUUUGUGAUAUAUUCUGGUUCGCAUGUGCAUACGACAGACCUCUCACGGUUUUUCGGUUUUGGUGCAUUUAAACUGCCUCCAAGAGUGUGUUGUGGACAGCUCACUUUUGAGGAUGCCACUUUCCAGAGCGUGUUGAGCUGAACCGCAUUUCCCUCAUUCAGAUAAGAUGCUGUGCCAGACGCAUUUGUGAAUGUACAUGUAUCGUCUUCACUCGCGUAAUGAACACACUC